AUGAUGCCGAAGAUCCUUUCUUUCUCACACCUCCCUUCAGCUGCCUUUUCUGCUUUCUGUUCAGGCUGCAGACUCUUGGCCGUGGAACUGACAUCCAGCAACACCAAGCCCGUGGUGCAGGAAUUCCAGAGUGUCGAGCUGUCCUGCAUCAUUAAAUCCACCGUAACGCCAGAUCCCAGAAUCGAGUGGAAGAAAAUCCGAGAUGGCGAAACCUCUUACGUGUUUUUUGACAAUAAAAUGCAGGGAGACUUUGCAACUCGUGCAGAAAUUCUGAGCCGGACGUCGCUGGUGAUUAAAAACACCACCCGGAUGGACACCGCCACGUACCGCUGCGAAGUGGCCGCACCUUCUGAUACCAAAACCAUCGAUGAGAUCAACAUCCAGCUCACGGUCCAAGUGAAACCCAUGACUCCCAGGUGCACGGUGCCUAAAGCUGUACCUGUUGGCAAGUCGGCCUCUCUUCACUGCCACGAGAAUGAAGGGUACCCAAAGUCCACCUACAGCUGGUACCGCAACAGCGAACCUCUGUCACCAGACACCAAAUCCAACGCCAGAUUCCACAAUUCCUCCUACACUGUGAACCCCACCACAGGCACCCUGGUUUUCCACGCCGUGCACAAAGGCGACACGGGCCGUUACUCUUGCAUAGCGACGAACGACGCUGGCUUUGCCAAGUGUGAGGAGCAGGAGAUGGAAGUCUAUGACCUCAAUAUUGGUGGGAUAAUUGGUGGAGUCCUGGUGGUCCUAGCAGUUUUGGUGCUCAUCACCCUCGGUAUCUGCUGCGCCUACAGAAGGGGUUACUUUGCAAACAGCAAGGAGAGUGGGGAAAGCUACAAGGCUCCGGCGAAACCUGACGGCGUUAACUAUAUCCGGACAGAUGAUGAGGGGGACUUCAGACACAAGUCUUCUUUCGUCAUAUAAGACGCCAGAAGAAUAUUGCAAACCAGCAAAAGCAAGUGUGAAAAAUACCUCCUCCAGAAACUCAAAGCAAGAGCAAAGGAUGAAUUAAGUGCGCUUGGAAGAGUUUGGAACACACAAGAACUUGAUAGCUAGCUAUCUGUAUAUCUUUUUUUUCUUUGCCAAAGUUUAAAGUAACUCCUCACUGCCCAACUUGCGUCUCCCCUGCCUCCGGAGAUACCAACAGGACAUCACCUAAACUUCUCCUUGGACUGACUGAGGAAGCGUUUUAAUGCUUCCCAAGAGACUGGGCUGUGGAAGUUUGUGGAAUUGCCUUCUAUUUGCGCUGCAGGGACACAGCUACGAUGUGCAAACCAACCAGGGGAACAACAGCGUUAGGUAAACGUGUAGCAGACCUUACUAGUAGAAAUUACUAGUAGACCAAAAAAAAAAAAAAAAAAAAAAGUGAAAAAGUGCUGAUACAGCAAUAGAUGGACUUGAAAAUAAGAGUUAGCCAUGCAAGGGGAGGGGGGGGUCUUCCUCUCAGCAGCUUGUUGCCCAGGCCUGGCUGGUGACUUUUACACAUUUGUGAUUGUUUUGUGCUUUAGACUCUGACUGCUCAGGUGCAGAAGGGGGUAUCUGAACAGCCCACGGCGACAGGUACCCGUAGGGUAAAUGCAACUAAUGUUCUCAGCCCUUUCCUAAACUUACUGAAUCCUCCUGACUCCACUGAACGCGAAACACGGGCAGCGUCAGGCCGGAAGGAUCGCUUCUGUUCCCUGCUUCCUAAAAAACUCAUUGCACGCAGGUAACCCCUCCUUCUAAUCUCUUGCGUCUUUUGGGGGUUUUCAAGAGGCUUAAGAGUGGAGGCAGAGAACUUAGUGCUAAGACAUCCCCCUUUUCAGGAAAAUUCAAGCCAAAUACUUCCACGGGCUAAGAUCGCCACGUAAAAGGUACUGAGAUAUCUUCAAACUUUUUUUACCUUUGCCAUUUAUUUUGUAAAAUCCCACCUCCUAAAAUUUUUUGCAAAGAUAUAUUUUGAUUACUUCAGAAGAGGCAAACGUUUCUAUUUAAAGUGUAAAUACGCGAUGCCAGCAGUGUUUAAGUAACGUAGCUAUUUUUUUACUUGUGAAGCUACAGAGAGGAGCUCAAAUGUUGCUAGAGUACGGCACUGUCAGAGCAUAUCAGUAUUAUUACAAAGUGUAAUAAAAAAACUGCAGGUGGAACAGAAUCUCCUUCCUCCUCAGCAAUUUCCUUGUCACAAGAGGUCUUACCAGACACAGAACAGAGUCACUCAGGGAUAGUUUUUGUAAAUUUAUGGCAGGAGCCAUCAACUUUUUUUAUACAAAAAAACCCGUCACUUUUCUUGCCAGUGACCAACACUUUUGUUUUUUGUCGUCGCAAGAAAUAUCCAGGGAUGGCUUUUGGAUUCAGUUGAUAAGGUGACAGAGUGACUUCAAUGUUUGCUCCCCCUCUGCGCUAAGGCGGUGUGUGACGGCUGCGGCAACUUUGGGUUUAAACCCUAUAGCCAAGGUUCUGGAGCUGGGCAAGUGAAAGCUCAAGACAAAAGCCCUUUUGUAGUGUCAGUUGCAACUUUCUCCCUAGAUGGUAAAAGAAAAAAGACAAGAAAACAAAAUCGAGUUCUCUUGGCUUUAGAGAGAGAAUAAUUGGAAACAUGUGUUUCCCCAGAACAUACACGUUGAUAGCGUUGAACGGCGUUGGGUAAUUUAAGACUGCAAGAUGCGGAUGCAACACUAGAACUGUGCUGUGGUUUAAGGUUUUUUUUUAUUUUUUUUUUUUUUUUUUUUUAACGUAGCAUAAUUAAGUGUUCUUGUACUUCCGAUAUGAAUUGAGUUGUCUUAACUUUUCCUGUAUACAGUAUUUUGGAUACUUGACGAUUUGGACUGUCAGUGUUGGGUUUUUUUUUUUUUUUUAGUGUUCUGCAUUACUCUGCUUUGUUUCCUCGGGGCCUCGCUCGACAUGCCAUUGCUGCAUUUGUUUUGCCUAAACAAAGCGUUACCACUUCUCCUUCUGCUAAUAAGAGUGAAAAUAAGGAGGGGGCAGCAAUAACCUGUAUAACUUGGACAUUACCACUGCUACCUUGACAUUAUGGUUACCUUAAGAUACGCUCUUCAGCCAAGCCAUACUGUUCACUGGCUGCCUCUAAUCAUUAGGACAGUAACGAGCGUAACAUUCCUUUGCACCUCCUGUCUUUCCACUACUCCUUUUCUACGCUGCUUUUAGGAUACCUGCAAUAUGGCAGAGAAAGAGAAGGUUUGAAUCAGGGUAGCUCUGGGCACGACGGGAGCACAAUCUACAGUCUCACCACGAGCCAAAGGCAGCCUUCACAGGAAAAGCCAGCAAACCAAGAAUCCAGGCUUAUUUUUUUCCGCUUCUAAAAUGUGACAGUGGCAUCUCUAACGAGAGAGGGGGAGAUGGUCCCCCCCCAUACAGCUGAUGAGAUCUGACUGAUGGAAUUCCUUGUAUCAUUGUGAAUAAUAUUCAGGUUUGUACUAAUGUAUUACAUUUAACUUUGCCAAGAAUGUUUUACAUAAAUACCAAGCUAUAAAGCA